CUCUUCCUCUUCUGCUGCUCAGGUGAGUGCUACGUGUGUGCCUCCAAUGAGCCUUACCGAAAGGUCGACUACACCAAGAUCUCUACCCCGAGCUGGAAACCUGGUGCCAGCGCCGGCACAGCCACGACGAGCUCAACCCGGUCCACCACAACAUCCACCGGGGUGACAGCGAGCACCGUCCCCAGCUCCAGAGAUCGUCCUGAAUGUCGCGAGGGUCGGAAAAGCAAGGACUUCAUCAAGCCCAAGCUGGUGACGGUGAUCCGCAGCGGCGUGAAACCUCGUAAGGUGGUCAGGAUCCUGCUGCUCACUUGUCUGCAGGACUUCUUCGGGGAUGACGAUGUGUUCUUGGCCUGUGGACCAGAGAAGUUUCGCUACGCUCAGGACGACUUCGUGCUCACACACAGCAGCAAAACACAGGCCUUUGUUAGCGAGUGCAGGACCAAAGCAUCUCGCUCUGCUCCUCCUCAGAAAACUACAACUCCUAAAACUCCCAGUAGCUCCGGCUUCUCCUCCUCCAAGACUCCGCCCAAAGGCCUGUCCAGAACAAAGUCACCUGGCCCAGCCAAUGAGGGCUUGGGAUCACAGUCAGCUGGAAAAUCGUCCAGGUCCAGCCCCUCCCCCACCAGCCCUGGGACACGACGCAGUUUCAAGAUGUCUCCUCGUCGAGCUUCCUCCACAGAUGUAAAUGGAGAGGCUGAGCAGCUGGACGACGACACCGUUGAAGUGAACGGAAAUCGAUCAGUUUCUUCCUCCAUCAUCAAUGAUAAGUACAAAGUCGGGAAAGUGAUCGGAGAUGGAAACUUUGCCGUGGUGAAGGAGUGUGUGGAGAGGUCGACAGGGCAGGAGUAUGCCCUGAAGAUCAUUGACAAAGCUCGCUGCAGUGGGAAGGAGCAUCUGAUAGAGAACGAGGUGGCCGUGCUGCGGAGGGUUCGACAUCCGAGCAUCAUCCAGUUAAUCGAGGUGGAUGAAACACCCACUCAGCUGUUUCUGGUCAUGGAGCUCGUUAAGGGCGGUGACCUGUUCGAUGCCAUCACCUCCUCCACAAAGUACAGCGAGCGUGAUGCCAGCGCCAUGGUGUUCAACCUGGCCGGAGCCAUCAAAUACCUGCACCGGAUGAACAUCGUCCACCGAGACAUCAAACCGGAGAACCUACUGGUAUGCGAGUACCCGGAUGGCACUAAGUCUCUGAAGCUGGGUGACUUUGGUUUGGCGACGGUGGUGGAGGGACCGCUGUACACCGUCUGUGGCACGCCGACGUACGUGGCCCCGGAGAUCAUUGCCGAGACCGGCUAUGGUCUAAAGGUGGAUAUCUGGGCAGCGGGAGUCAUCACCUACAUCCUGCUGUGUGGAUUUCCUCCAUUUAGAAGUGAGAAUAAUGUCCAGGAGGAGCUGUUCGAUCAGAUCCUCAGAGGGAAGCUGGAGUUUCCAUCUCCAGACUGGGACACCAUCAGCCUCCCAGCCAAGAUGCUGAUUAGUCAGAUGCUGCAGGUGAAUGUGGAUGCUCGUUUCACCGCCGAGGAGGUCCUGUCGCACCCCUGGGUGACUGACGAGGCUCCCAUAGACUGCAACACUGUGAGCAGCACUGAAGACCAGACAGUGGAACCAGAACAAGAAUCACCAGUACUGGAAACCAUACAAGAUCCCUCACCUCUGGUCUAAAACACACCCCCCUUUAUCGACUGCGAACCAAACAUAACACUACUGUUUUUGAUCUACUGGACACCCAAACAGCGUCCUCUCCUCCAGUCUAGAACAUGAACCCCAGAUGUCCCCUUUUUUCAACUGGAAACCAAACAAGUUCAUGUGGCAUGCUAAAAUUUUACCAACCUGUGGUUUAGAAAAAUUCCCUGUUUCUUCUACUGGACACCAGACCAGUUCCCUCACUUCUAAUCUAAAGCACAUCACCAUUCAUUUACUGAAAACUGAACAAGUUCCCUCAGAUCAAGUUUACUUUGAUCUAGUCAGGAACCUAUUUCAUCCACUGGAAAUCGCAAUCUGGUCUAGGACCACCGGAAAACCAAACAAGGUUCGUCAUCAUUGGUGUAGACCACAUCCUUCUUGAUCUUUAACCAAGCAACAACCCUGGCUUAGAACUAAACCUGUUUUAUCUACUGGAAAUCAACCAAGUUCCCUCAGUUCUGGUCUAGAAUUUGUCUGCUUUCAUUAACUGAAAACCACAGAAGAUUGAAUGUGGUCUUAAUCAGAUGGAAGGCUUAACCAGCUCCCUAAAGUCUGGUCAAGAGAACAUCAGGUUUUAUUAAGUGGAAAGCAAAUAGGUUCCCACAUCUCUGGUCUGGAAUGUGCUCCCCUUUAUUAAGUAGAAGCAAAACAUGUUCCCUCACCCAUGGUCAAGAACUGUACGGGUUCUACCCCUUCCCUCAUUUACUGGAAUCCAAACAUGUCUCGUUUGAUCCACUGGAACACAAAGUUCUCCAAUGUUAUAUCCAUGGUAACCCCUGGAAACAGUCCUCACCUGGUCUGGUCUAGACCGCGUGGUAUUUAAUCUACUGAAGACUUUAAGAAGACCAGUCUCUGCUGCUGUUCUAGAAAGUGUUUACAUUCUCUUUUUGGCUAGACACUACUGAAGUCACCUCACUGCUGCUUGAAUGACAUUUACCAUAUCUGCACUGGAACACCAUGAAGGACAUGUCCCUGUUUGAUCACCUAGCACUUCAUGGAACUGGACCAUUUUGUGGAAGUAGCUCUUAAGUCUGAUCUGAAUGACACUUAACUAAGGCUGUGAAAAGGCCUUAAACCACUUUCAUAGGGGUAUAAAUACUGAUUCACUACAAACAUUUUCACUGGCUUAGGGAUUAUUUUCUCUGUAGUCCUUGCCACUUGGCGACUAAGAUGUCUUCCAUUUAUUCUGGGAAACGUCCCAUUUCUCCUGCCUUUACCCUCCAGCUUUCCUUCCGCUGGCCUGAAGGAUGUUUAGCAUUUCUUCUACUUGGCGCCCACCAUUCCAAGGAGAUAUCUCAGUACUGUGCCUGUUUACGCUGCUGAUAAAAUCCACUUCCUCUGAAAUCCCCGCUCUUUCCUCCAUAGGUUCUACUAUUUUUAUUGACUCUACAAAAGGCUCACUGUUUUCAGUUUUAACCAAUUUAAAGCAAACUAUAUCCAGGUCUCAGAAAAGGAGUAGACCCAUUUACAGUAAGUUCUAGUCCAGAUGAAAAAGUUACUGUUUUCUGGGCCUAAAGACUAAAGACAAUGAAACAGAUAGCCUGGCUCAGUCCCUAGAACAAUAAUACUCCUUCCAGCAUGUCUAAGACUAGGUCUACAUUAAGCUGGGUAAAUCUGUAAAUACACCUUUCUCUUAGCUUGGCUGUUCAUCCAAACUAAAAAGUGUUUUUCCCUCUGGAGUACAUAAAUCUGAAAUCGCUGGCGUGUACAGGCAAAACUGAGCUUUGUGGAAACACUGUCAUAACAGUGGUUAGCUAGGCUAAUCACCUCCUAGAAUUUAAUUUUAUUAAACUCAGAAAAAAGGGGAAUAAGUAUGUUCCAAACUGUUGAAUACCUUGUACCUUUUCAUGCUCCUGUACAUUGAAACAGUUUAAAACCUAAUUUCCGCUUGGACUUUGGUAGCAUGGAUUUUUGAAACCUUAUUCUUAGCUUAACCUUUUUAAAAUAUUCUAAAUAAAGAUUUAAUUUCAAAAAAUAAAAACUGAAAACAAUAAGCCUUACUGCAUAAACACACUGUCCUUCAUCUACUCCCCAGCUUUGACUGCAUCUCAGAUUAACUGAGUGACUUCCAAACGUCACAAUUUCACAAAUAACUCAGACAACUUUUCAACCUUAAGUAUAACUGAGCUAAAUGACAUGUUCCAGUCCAAGCCCCGAAGCUCCCUGCCUCUCCUACCACCUGCAGUUUGGAAGAUAAAACAGCCUGUAAAUACUGUAAAUAUUAGCUCUGUUUGUCUGUGUGAGUCAGUUGUGGUUGUGAAGUAGAGAAACAGUAGUAGUUUGGGGGGGGGGAAAUACUACAGUAAAAAUAAACCACCCCAUUACAGACAGUGUGUCAGCGCUCUGGCAGAAACCUUGUUUUUCCCAAAGAGACUUCAUAUCUUGAAUAAAGAUUUCACACAUUGACAUGGGUACAUUUUGUCAUUUAAAAUAUAUUUUCAGUAGCUAGCAACUUGUUCAAAAGAAAAACAUGAGAAGCAAGGUUUCAGAAUGGUGCUGACAAACUGUAAUGGAAGUGUUCUUACCUUAAAGUCGAGGUCCUGAUAGAUUUGGUAGCAGAUGCUUCAACAAAAGACUGGACAGUGAUGGAUCUCUUUCUUUACGUGGUCAUGUGUCUGUGACAUAGUGGUUGGUCCACCAAUCAUAUCACUCCAUCCAUAAUGUUGUCUGUCAAUUUCUCUAGUUAUAAAAAUCACUGAGGAUGAAGGAAAGGUGUGUGUGUAAAUAAGUGAGUAAUUUCACCAGUGUAAGGUUUUAACUUAAGUAUGGUGUGUGUUUUUUGUCUGCAUUAAGAAAAGGGGGUCAGCUUUUUAAAAACUUGAAGUGUCAGUCAUCAUCUGGAUAAAUGUAUUGAGCUAAUGCAGUGUUCCGACCUUACCACAACCUUAACACGACCUUGACUUUCCACUGAUUAAGAGUUUGACAUGAUGCGCUGUUGAAGCUGCUGCAGUGUUCGAGAUGAUUCAGCUUUCAAAUUUACUACGAGUACCUGCUCGUUCAGAUUUCAGUUGCAAGAAUCAAAUGUGUUCAUGGUCAAAAUCAGUAUUUUUAUCUUGUACCAUGCUUGCGGCUUUAGAGCAGAUAAUGAAUCAUCUUGAACUCUCUGUACUGACACUAUUCAUUAUUAAAAACUUAUGGCAUUCUCAUUGCUAACACUAAUAAAGUAUUUAAUUUGUUGCCAACAAGCUAACGCUAUUACUACCGAAGUACCUGGAGAAGAACUUGAGCAGCAGUCAAACUCUUGUAAUCAGUGUCUAAGCCUCUGACCUUCGAUGCCUGCUACGAACCCAGUCGUCUUAAUUCUUGUCCCUUUGCUUUAAACCAUAAGGAGCCUUCAGCUGAUAUUGUUAGCAGUGCAGCCACACCUGGGUCAACAAGCAGCUGAAAUCUUUUCGGUUCAGCUGACUUUUGUGUUGAUGUGAUGAUACUAUCCCCAGUAAUGUUAAAGUACCAUAUCUUUUAGCUGCAGUAGCAAUAAACCUCUUAUUUUUGUUGCAUGCAAGGUUUACCAAUUAAAAAAUGCAUUGUAACACCAGAAGAGUCAAGUCAAGCCUUGGUUUUCCUUGAAUGCAGCUUGUAAACAUAUCAGUUGACUAACUUUAACUGAUUUUAGUAACAUGUAACUGCCAUUUGCUUUCCUUUUCGCACACUGCUGUUGCAGUCUUUCACUGUGUUGUGCUGCAUUCACGUCCCAGUAAAAAGAAGCUCUUGUUAUCAUCCAUGUUGUCAGUGAAUGAACAAAAGACAAGACCGGAAAAAUAAAGUCUUGGUGUUUUCACAUAAAACAUACUAUUCUUUGUCUGGGACUUGAACGCAGCUUUAACUCACAGGUUGAUCAAGUUAAAUAAGUAUUUACUGAGAGUCAGUGUGGUUCAACUGUUGCAACUCAAAGUAGCUGAGUGGAGUUCAGCGUGGUUCGACCCGGGGCAGCUGCAGCUAUGAGACCCUUUGUGUUUUUAUCAAAAGCAGUGUGUGUCUGAGUGUGUGUGGUCACUUCACAUCAUUUUAAACAGGAACCGUUUCUUUUUCUUUCUUUCUUUUUUACGUGCCGUGAACGAAUGACAAUUUUGAACCAAACUGGGCUGGUUUUCCUAAAAGGAAUCCGAGUUGAUUUGCAGUGAAUUCAAUCAGCUAAACUGUAACGUAUGAAUAGCUUGAGGAUUUGUAUUGAAUUGUUUAGGACAUAAGGUUCUUAAAUUAUUUCAUUUUAAAGAUGAUUUGGUUUCUGGAAUGCCAAGAAUGAACCCUGCAAUGUUGAACCUGGUAGCUAAAAACCAGAAGAAAAAAAAAACGGUUUUAUUUCUUUGCAGUUCAUCAGCUAAUCAAAAACACUGUGAGCGUUUUAAGCCCUAAAUUAAAGUUAAGCGGUUGGAUGUCUGUGUUUCAUUGCAAGAUGCCUUUAGGAAAACUGGUCCUGUGUUGAAGUAUAAGGAGAAGUGAGAACAUGUUGUAGACAUGCUGUAAUGCUAACAAUGAUCUGUAAUGUGAUGUGUGUUGUUAUAAAACAUGUAUGUUUGUUGGAAUCAGGGCGUGGGCGUUUGGAGAAAACAAAACCCCUGAUUUGUACCAAGAAAAGAUGCAUUCAUCUGUGAAAAUAAAACAAAUGCAGUGGCAUCACGUUAACCUGCUGUGAUGUUGGUGCUGUUGACUUCCUGUGACGUUGAUAAACUGUACCUCCUGCUCAUAAAUUACAUCUUAUUUAGAACUACCAGUAAUAGUGAACAAACAGCAAACAUUGAUGGGAAAGAGACGAUAUUUACAGCUUGUCCUAUGUGAAGGAACUAAGGGUAUUUUCUCCAACACCAUUUGGAUGCAAUGGUCCUUUAUUAGAGGCAUCCAUUUUGCAAGAUGUUCUACUUUUCCAUCAGCACAUUUCAGGGAAAUCAACUACAGUAUACUAUAACACUGAUCCAGCUGUUGCGAUGCUAUUUUAUUUCAUAAAACAUCC